UUAAGGACUCAGGAGCUCUUUGAGAAGAUCACGGUCAGUGGUCAUGUGAGAGGUGGAAAGCAGUGUUUCCUUGAGCUCUGGCAGUCUGCAGGGUUCUGCCGGUGGUGUGAUCACUGUGAAUGGAUCUUGCCAGGGAUCAGCAUUGUUUUAUUUUAUUGUAUUUGUUCAUGCAUGUGACUGAAGAUUUUGUAUAAACCCGUGCUUAACUGUUUUUGGACUUAAUAUGGAGUGCACUGGUUCAAACACGACCAGUAAACCUCGUGAUGCGUCUCCUUUGGAGGGGAAAAUGACACUCAGCUCGGUAUCGGAAGACAGUGGAAACAGAGAAAGUGGCAUUUCUCAGAUGGGAAAUUCAACCAGAAGUGACAGCGAGAUGCAACACGUGUCACGUGUCGCCCCCGUGAUGUCACCCACAUCCGCUACACGGCGCGUGAACCUGCCCGGUGUUAUGGACGCAGAGGGGAGAGUAGACGAGUCCAGGCUGAGGAUGUACAUAUUCAAAAAUGGUGGUGUGUCUCCAGAGGAGCGAGGCCUGGUGUGGCGCUUUUUAUUUGGAAUGUACCCGUGUGGCUCGACGACUCUAGAGCGCGCCCUGUUGCUGGAAGAACUGUCAGUACGUUACCAUGUUAUGAAGAGAAAGUGGCAACGUCUGCUUCCUGGAGCUGUUCAUCUGCGUCUUAAUGGCACCGAUGCUGAGCUGCUAGCAGCUGUGCAGUAUUUUGAAAAGAGACAGGUGAGAGAAAGCGAAAUGCAGCAUGACCAGUUCAAAUCAGAAGAGGUCAGGGAAAGGAUUUCCUUCCUGGAGCUUCAGGCACAGGUCCUUUUUGAACGGGUGACAUUUGACCUAGAAGAACUUCAGGAGGCUAUACGCAUUGUUGACAAAGACGUCCCGAGGACUGAUAGAGGCCUGGCCUACUACAAGGAUGAAGGCCUGGGUAAUCUCCUGGUGCUGAGAGAUAUCCUGAUCACCUAUGCUGCUUUCCACCAAGAGGUAAGUUAUGCGCAGGGUAUGAAUGACCUGUGCAGUCGCUUCCUGGAAGUUCUGGACUCAGAGGUGGACACGUAUUGGAGCUUUUGUAGUUACAUGGAAAAAUUUUCAAGAGACUUCUGUGCUGAUGGGCUACACCGCAAAAUCGAAUUGGAGGCAGCUCUGCUGAAAGAGUUGGAUCCUCAUCUUCAUGCUCAUCUUGUAAAAGACAAUUUGGAUAGUCUGACAUUCUGUCACAGGUGGUUGUUGCUGGGUUUCCAGCGCGAGUUUGAACAUAGUGAUGCUCUCAGGCUUUUCGAGAUUCUCAGCUGUGAUCAUCUGGAGCUCAUUUCCCAGCAGGUUGACCGGGCACGCUAUCAGGAGCGACUGGCUUACAAACACAGCCAGGACGAGGCUGUGACAGAACCUCAAUCUAUUAACAGAGAGUUCACAUUUGAAUUCUUCUUAUGUGCCACCAUUCUGCUGGACAACAGAGAUUCACUGCUCAGCUGCAGAAAUGAAGUCCAACUGCUACAGUUUACAAACAGCCUGCAGGGAACUCUGGACUUGAACAGCAGUCUAAAGAAAGCUGAGGAGCAUUUCUACAAUUACUGCAAGCGCUCAGCCAGCGAUCGCCUGAAUGAGCGUUACCGGAUACACAAGAGCAAAGGGGAGCCCUUCUUCUACCAGCUGCGCAAUCUCUUCUCCUGAACUAAAGGAGGGUUUUCUGGAUAUUUCUGGAAGAGGCCAGUUAAAAUGAUUGAAUUUGAGUAUGAAUUUCUGGAUCUUUCAGAGGAAAGAGUUCUUUGACAUGCACAGAAAUGUUAACAUGGCUAUAGACUGAAUAAUGCUGCUUAAAUAAGUGACUGCUUUAUAUUUACUCUGACCGGGCACAACAUUAUGACAUUAUAACAUCAUGACAGGUGAAGUGAAUAACACUGAUUAUGUCUGCAUCAUGACACCUGUUAGUGGGUGGGAUACAUUAGGCAGCAAGUGAUCAUUUUGUUCUCAAAUAUGACGUGUUAGAAGUAGGAAAAAUGGGCGAGCAUAAGGAUUUGAGCGAGUUUGACAAGGACCAAAUUGUGAUGUCUAGACGACUGGGUCAGAGCAUCUCCAAAACUGCAGAUCUUGUAGUGAUCAGGGUCACGGGCGGCCAAAGCUCAUUAAUGCACAUGGGGAGUGAAGGCUGGCCCGUGUAGUCCGAUCCAACAGACGAGCUCCUGUAACCUAAACUGCUGAAGAAAUGUAUGCUGUUAAUGUUUGAUAGGUCUGAACUGUUUUGUCAGCAAAAGGGGGACCAACACAAUAUUAGGCAGGUGGCCAUAAAGUUAUGCCUGGUUUGUGUAUGUAUGUAUAUGUGUAUUAGUCUGAUAAAUUGACUUCUAUUCCCAAUCCUGUUGAGUCCACACAGUAAAAUCCCUUGUAAAUUUAUACUUUAUUUAAAUUAUCUUUAGGGCAUUUUUUGUGCUGUACGUUCCAUGCUGUAGCACAUAGUACUCAUCAGAGCACACACAAAAAAAAGCUGAAUCUUCAGAUUCAGGAAUGUCUAAAAAGUUUGAUUGGGAACCACUGGUCUGGUAGCUUAUUGUCCAAAUAUCACUUCAAACCACAAAGAUCUGAUUUGCACAAUGUCAGCAUGUAGCAUGUAAAAUAAUUGUUGUUAAAAAAUACAGAGGAAAUGUUUACAGUCAUUGAAUAUGUUUGAGUUUUGAGAAUCAAGCAGCAUUUAUCUAAAUAAUGGCAUUGUGAAAUAGUUAACGAUUUACGGUCAGUGAAAUCCAGUUGCAAUUACAAUUACAGUUACAGUUAUUUGUUACUGUUAGAGGACUAGAGGUAAUCACACUAAAUAACCCUUUCAAUAAAUGUUUAUUUCUGCAAUAUUAAUUGAUUUAAAUUCAAAUAGUACAUUGGUAAAUAAAAUUUUUAGCUAUAAACAUUAUUAUGCAAAUUAUAUAAAGAAAAGUAAAGUAAAAAUCCUACUACAUGAUUAUUGCCAGGCAAUAGGCUAAAAAAUUAUGUUGCACAGAAUCCAAAAAGUAGUUAUAAUUUAUGAGUGGGUUUUUUAGUUUGUUUGGUUUUUUUUGGAUGAUUAUUGAUUCCCAGAAUAUAUUCACUACACAGUUUUGUUCUGAAUGUUUGGACCAGACCCCCUGUAGAUAUAUUAGAGUCUGAAAAUGUGCUGCUUCUUGACUAGUGAGUCAGAUUAGAUCAGGAUGUAAUAAUAGAAACACACAUAUGUACAGAGUAUUGAUGCUGAUCUCAGUAGGGUCUUACGUAGACCAGUGCACUGCUCCUUCUAGAAGAGCCUCUAAAGCGAAUCGCAGUCAAUAGUUAACGAUGCUCAAGUGUCAGUGGUUCAGAAUUGGACUACCCACUGGGACUUUAGCUCUUUUAAGGAAGGUGUGUCCUGCUGGCACAUACGUGCAUCUAAACACAAAAGGAAAUUACUUGUAUAUGUUUUAUUGAGGUUUAUGUUUUUUUUUUUUUAUGUUUGCAGAACAAUAUAUAUAUUUUUAGUGUUUUUAUUAAGUUUACUCAUACACAAAUGGUCCUUGUGUGACUGUGGCUUGUGUUGGGGGCGCUGCAGGGGAAUGCGAGUGUCAUUUAUUUUAAGAUUACUGUCACAUUUAAGUAACCUUAGCCAUGUGAGUCACUGAAUCAUUAAACAGAGGCCUCAUAGUAUACGCUGCUCUGCUUUUUCUGUACUGAAGAUGAAUAAACUGAGUGUAUUUUUUUA